CAGCUGGCGGCACGGCCCCGGCGCUCCGGGCACUCCCGGCAGCGGCGCCGGCGGCGGCCCCGGGGAGCGGGCGGGGGCCGGUGGCGGUGGCGGUGCCGCCAUGGAGGCGUGCGAGGGCGGCGAGCAGCCGCCGCUGCUGCUGCUGCAGUGGGACCGCAAGCUGAGCGAGCUGUGCGAGCCCGCCGACCCCGACGCCCUGCUGGGACACACGCACUUCACAGAGUUCCUGGAUGAGUUCUCACCAGAUGUCCUAGGCCAGCUCUUGAACGAUCCCUUCUUGUCUGAGAAGAAUGAAGUGAUGGAGGUGGAGCUGUCUCCAGCAUCCCCAGCGCCCCUCAUCCAGGCAGAGCACAGCUAUUCCCUGUGUGGGGACUCCCGGCCCCAGUCUCCCCUCACCCACAUCUCGACUGAUGACAACUUCAACGAAGCAGGUGGGGCCUGCUGCAGAUUUCACAAGUUUGGCUGCGUUUCACUGAGGACAACAAAUAAAACCUGUGAGAAGGCUUUUCAAGGUGACCUGGAAAAUGAGGAAUGGUGUCUGGGUACCGAGCUGACUCCAGCAGCAAUAAAGACUGAGCCAGCGUUGUGCGAGACGUCAGGCCUAACUCCCUCCGUCAGUCUCACUGUCACGGCCACGUCGCUGGACGGCGAGCAAGCCGAGCUGCAGGCUGAUGCCCUGAUGAAACCACUGAGCCAGAAAGUGCUUCCAGAGAUUAAAUUGGAGCCCCAUGAAGUGGAUCAGUUUCUGAACCUCUCUUCUAAGGAAGCAGUCGACCCCCUGCAUUUGCCUCCAACCCCUCCCAGCAGUCAUGGCAGUGACUCUGAAGGAGGGCAGAGCCCAGCUAGAUCGCUCCCUCCUUCAAGCCCAAUCCAGCUGCAAGCCAUGGCUAAAGUUACGUCGCGCACAGCUUCAGCGCUUUCCAAUUCCCCUCUCCUGACUGCACCACAUAAAUUGCAGGGGACUGGCCCGCUCAUCCUGACAGAGGAGGAGAAGAGGACACUGAUAGCAGAGGGGUACCCAAUCCCUACCAAACUGCCCCUGACAAAGGCAGAGGAGAAAGUGCUGAAGAAAAUCCGCAGAAAAAUAAAGAACAAGAUCUCUGCCCAGGAGAGUAGAAGAAAAAAGAAAGAAUACAUGGACAGUCUGGAAAAAAAAGUUGAGAAUUGUUCAAAUGAAAAUAGUGAGCUGCGUAAGAAGGUUGAAGUCCUGGAGAAUACUAACAGAACACUUCUGCAGCAGCUGCAGAGACUCCAAGCCAUAGUUGCUGGAAAGGUGUCCCGUUCAUGUAAGGCAGCUAGCACGCAGACAGGGACCUGUCUUAUGAUGGUGGUGCUGUGCUUUGCAGUAGUUUUUGGCAGCUUCUCUCAGAGCUAUGGGCCGUAUCCUUCUGCUACAAAGAUGGUGUUGCCCAGGCAACAUUCCUCACCAGAGUCCUACACAGACUCCAUUGUGAGAUCAAGGAGUCUGCUAAUAUAUGAAGAGCCUCACCAGCUGGAGGAGUCGUCAAGCCCAAUCUCCUUUGCAGAUCGAAACGACAGGCACGCAGACAGCUCCAAGUACACGGCGCUAGCUCUGGAAGCUGUGCCGGGGAUGCAGCGGGAUGAUAUCAUGGAGUUCACAAUAGCCAAUGAGACGAGGCUAGAGAAAUCAGUGCUGCUGGGCCUGCAGCAGCACAGAGUCAACUCUGAAAUAGAAGGAAAUGAAACACUGAAGAUAAUUGAAAUAGAUAGAAGAGUCAAUGCCACCUCUUAAAAAUAAAAAGGCCUUUUUUCUUGACCUCCCUCUUUCCCACAUAUUUUCAACCAAAGUCCCCCUGACUUGUCAUCCUCAGUGAACCAAAGCACAAAAGAGAGGGAGUUCACCAAAUUCUGCAUUGACUGGUGAGGCUGUGACUGCAGAUGGGCUCUCAUCUUGUAACUUCUUUCCUUACUUCACACACAAUCCCUCUUUGCUUUUAUUUCUUUCCUGUCUGAUAUUGCAAGGGCAGGAUUGAAUUAUGAUCGCAGAAGAUACCAGCAGUGUGCUGAUGAUUGAUUUGUGUAUGUGUGUCUGUGCUUGCAUGUACACAUCAUCUGUGCACAAAGACAUUUGGUAAAAGAGUGGAAUAUGCAAAACCGAUGGGAGCAUGUGGGUGAUGGGAUCCUUGGGAGAAGGUAAUUGAGAGAAACAGGAGAGGCGGCACGAUGCUGCUCAGAAUCUAGCCACAGCUCCAUGCCUAUUGGUCUGUAGCAUUUGAGCCUUUUGGGGAAGAUUGAGAAGCAUGUGCUUCAUCUGCUCUGAAGGCACAAGAACGGGCCCCAGUUCUAUUUUGUGAACAGCACAGGCAGGAGAGGGGUGGGCAAUGAUGGUGCUGAAUUGUCCUCCCUUACAUCUUUCACUCUUCUCCCCACCAACCCCUUUGUCAUUUAGUGGAGUAGCUUUUUCUUUGGGUUGGAAGCAGUCCUGGUAGGCAUCUCUACUGCUUCCAGCCAUGUGGAAUUCAAGCAAAGAUCAGUCAUUGUCUUGUCACACUUUGCCUGUGUGGGAGAAUUAGACUAGUUGAACUAAAUCUAUUUAGAAAGCAGGUUUUGUUAACUUCAUGCAAUGUUUUGGGUGGAUGUCCUUUAGUCUGCUUAAGGCUAACCUGUUUAGUUUGGAUCAGUUCCUUCCCAACAAACUUAAUCAAUAUAAGGCUUAAACCAGAAGUGCCUCCUGAGAGCACCGUAUGGAUUUUAUUUAUUGGCUUCUAGAUGCAUUAAUGGAAUUUCUCAUGUAGACCAGGUCUCAGAUUGUCCUGUGUUUUCUUUUCCUUGCCAUCUUCCUGUUACUGUUGUAAAUAGUAUUUAUUAGCUUUGCAAGAUUUUGUUCAAGCAGUCACAAUGAAGCGAAUUAACCUUCCCUAACCCUGCAUGUGGUCUGGGCAAGCUCUGAAAUGGGACAUAAAGACAUACAAAUAUAACUGAACACCCAUUCCCCCUCCUCCCCCCCACCUCCAAUUUGAAUCACCCUAGAAUAAUGUCAUGGGUCUCCUCUUCUUAUGUCCUUUUCCAGAGAUGUGAUCUUAGACCAACCGCUUAGCCAAAAAGAUGUGUGCAGUUCAGGCCUGGAGGUGACUGUGUGGCAAGACAGUCCCUGACCUGAAGAGCUGCUUAUGCAGGCAGCAGACAAGGCAAAAGAGGGUUGAGAAAGGCACAUGGGGAGGUGAAACGACUGGCCCAAGUCUAGUGGAAAAGCCAAGAGCCGUAUUCAAAUUUGAUCCUGGUCCAGUACACUUCUUUCUUCACUGUGUUUCCUUGUUGUCCCAUAUAGCUGUUGCCUUUAAGGGUUGUCCUUCUUUUGGUACCCUGCUCAUGCCUUUGUCUGAGCUGCGCUUCUUGGAAUUUAUCCUUGGAAUGGCACAGCCAAAUCUAGCCCAGGAUUCGGGCUGGGUUUUAUCUGAUUGCUCAGAAGGGCACUCAGACUCCAUUGGGGAUGGAUUUAAUGGGGAAAUCCUUAUUCAGCAGGCUAGCAUAGCUACUUUAUGGUUUACCAGAAGUCAAUUAAAAAAAAAAAAGAGAGAAAAAAAAAAGAAAAACAACAACAACAAAAAAUACUGUAGCUCUUUUUUUUUCUUGUGAUAAAUAAGGGAAAAACUAACCUAGCCUUACAAGUAAUUUUUUACCAUGUACAGUAGAUAUUUCCUGCAAGUAUUCUAUUUUGUAAAAUAUUGGAUUUGUAUUUUAUUACAGCAGCUGCCAUACCUGCUCCUUCCUUGUUCUUCAUUCUCUUUAGACUUUAUUCCUUUGAUAUCCCAUUUGCUGCCUGCCUGUAGGCCUGACUCAAAGCUCAGUGAAGGGAAUGGAAAGAAUCUGGUGGAUUACAGUGAGAUCAACCCCCCACUGUGCCAUUUUAAAAAGGUGUUUCACAUUAGUGAGAGUGAAACGUGUGCCAGACUCUGUGAACUAAUAGUGAGUUUUGGUGUGCAGACGUGCUUUCUAGUUUAUGCCCUAUUCAUCUAUGCAAGUGCCUUUUUAUUAUUUUACCUUUGGUGGAAAUGAGAGAACAAUGCCACUGUAGUCUAUUUUGCAAGAGUUCCCCUCUCAUUGUGACUCAGUGUCCUCCCUAAAGCUUCUUUCUCUUCACAGUGAGAAGUGUGACUCUAUAUCAUUCCAGUAUCCACCAAUGAUGUUUGGAUGUUUUUUUGGAGCAAUGGCUUCACAUAAAUAAUGGACACUGGUGGGUGCCACUGAAGGUGACACAAGGGAUGGCUGCAUGGUUUAGCCACAUGAGGUCAGCAAAGUGACAGGAGAAAGCCAGGACUGACCCUUCCACUAUAAUAUGGCUGGCCCAUGUAAGUGGGCAAGGUCACAGCUUAGAAAAUCCCUUUUAUGGUCUUUUUAUUUUAUUUUUUUUCAGAGCACCCAUGGUUUGAGUGAAACUGAAUGCUUAAGUCUUCUGCAAAAGAAGCACCAAGCUGUCAAGCACAACACUGCUGUUAAUUGUGCUGCAGUUUGCACUGUGCAUAAAGAGGAGGCCAAGCUGCCUGAGCUCAUGCCCACUGCCAGUUAAAUGAUCGCCUUUCAUUGCAGAUACCGCUGACUUCACUGUCUUAAAAACAAAAUUGAAUUAUUUCCCAAUACUUCAAGGACAGACAGUUUUGCAAUACCCAAAUAACUCCUCCUUCUCUGAAAGCUACUGCAGUAGUCACCAGUGGAGCUUUGCAUUUGUGUUUGCUUAAUUUGGACCUAUCGGUUCAAAUCUGAUUGGGAGAUAAUCGUAUUUUCAUCUGAAGCAUUUUAAAUUGGCCACGAUUUGGGUCAGGCCACUGAACUAAUUCAUCCAAACCAGUAUGGCAAUACCCAUUUUCUUGUAACUGUUUAAUAAUCUACUUCUAUAAUCUUAACUCAUCCCAUCCUUUAAAUGAUUUUUAGGUACUCUUGGGAAUCUCUUAAGCUAGCACACACAUUAUUUGUGGAUUUAUUAUCAUGAAUAUUACUUCUUUAGAAUAAGGAAAUCCUUUGCUUGACUUUGGUAUGUUCAUGAUCAUUUUUUCUUCAGGGGUCUUAAUAGAGCAGGUUUCUCUUGGAGGUAGUAGGGGCCAAAGUAUCUCCUGCCAUCACCCAUCUAUAGGCUGUUACAUGAUGAGGACCCGCUGUCUCCGGAGUAACGAUGCCUAUGCCCCGGCAGGGGACAGGGCGAUGCAGGACACAUGCAGUUGCCCCACUGGCCUCGGUGCUCCGUGGAGAUCCAAGAGUCUGUGCGGGUGCGCCACAGGCUGUGCAGAGAGGGAGCUGAACAUGAAGGGCAUGGGGAGGAGCAGUGAGGGGUGUUUGGGGAGGAUGCUGGUGUAAGUGCUUAUCAUUAGCUCAGCCAUAUUACGUGAGGUCUUCGCCUUCUGCCAGUAUGCCUUUUGCAGCGGCCGGUGGCUCGGUGCUGUACAAUGAUGUGCAUCUGUGGACAGGGCAGGCAGCGGCCUCGUGUGCUGCCCAAUUUCCACUUCCACUAGAGGACUUAACCAAUCCUCAGAGUCUUUAGCUGUAACUCUGUGCAGCUGGCAGUGUGAUUUCACACAAGUAAUCUUAGCUUUUGGCCCAUAGCUUUAAAGCUAAUCUAGAUCUGUCAGGUCUUUGCUUCUAGGGAGAUAAGCUACGAAGGAAUGUAGGGCAUUAUUUUUUAUACAUAUAUAUUUAAGAAGUGUCAAGCACGGGGCAUGUGACAGUUCUAACCUUGUUACCAGUGUGUAGAUAAUGUUGGUGUUGGUGUUUUGUUUUUUGUUUGUUUGUUUUUUGCUCUUUUUUUUUUUGCCAGGCUAUUUAUAGUUCUUUGCUGCAUUUCUCCUAUUUCAUCCAUACCAUUCAAUGUUUUCCAGCAACAGAGACUAGUAAUGGAUUAGGCUGAGGUUCUUCAGACAGAUCCCAGCUGAUGCAGCGCAGCAUGCUUCUCACUUACCACUUUCAGAGGCUGCAGGUCCAUACUGGCAGGGGACCUCUUCGAUAUUGCUCUGUAUAACAGCGUAUCUCAAUACAAGCUUAUUCUUGAUUUCUUUAAUGUAGAAUCCCCAAAUUUGCCUUCUUUUUCUUUUUCCCCAGCUAAGAAUCCCCACCUUACACCACCCCAUCCCCCCAAACUAUCAGCGGUGAAUUCUGUCUAGACUAAUUUAGAAUGUGGGUCAAGUAAAUGAAUGAUACUAAUUGCUAUGUUGGGAGGGAUUUCCACUGAGUAUUUGGGCUCUAGAUUCUAGCUAAUGCCAAGAGGCCGUUGUACAAAGCCUAUGCAGCUAAGAACAGAAGUAUACGGAGUAUUUUUAUACUUUUAGUGACUAAAAUAUUUCUUUCUCAAGUCGUUAAUUAGAUAGGGAACAUUUUGUAUUCUGAAGGUGAAAUGGUAGGUCAGUACUUUGUAACUACAUAAGUUAUAGUAGCCUAUAUAAGUAGCCUAGUGCUGUGAUGUGGCUGCUUUGUGCUGCAGUGUUAAGGAUAAACAACUCUAGGGGCUGGAAAGGUGCGAGAACUGACUUUAAUGUUAAGGUUUUUAUAAACGAGGGGUAAGGAUUCAGUCAACGGGCCAGGAUAUUGUAGCUUUCUUACAGCUGAUAAAACAACAGUGGGCAUUCAAGGCUAGGUUGAGGCUGUGAUCCCCGUCAGUACGGCAUUGCUUAGGGGGUCAGCAUCCACUGGAGACUCUGGGGCUGAGAGGGGGAUUGCCAUUUGUUUUUGCAAUUAUUGUGUAAGGCCUUUUCUGCUUUUCCAGUGUAUACACCUGAAUUGACUUCCUAUGUAGAAAAGAGUGUGUCUCAGAAAACUCAUUUGUGAUGCUGAAAUGGAGUUGGUAUAUUAUUUUAGGCUGUUACCAGCAGUCCCUACUCUGCCCUAAAGCCCAUCUCCAUACUUUUCCCCAAGAGGUGAAACCAUAUAGGUGAGAAUGAAGCAUGGGAAAGCUGGAUUUGUAAACUUGUCUUGCAGAAAAGAUGAAAGAAAUGGCAGAUGAAAAGACCCCUGACAUCCCAGGGAAACUUCCUAGUUCUUAAUUCCUUAAAGCAGCAAUGAUAGUCUUUUACAUUAGUUCUCCCCUUGUUUUAUCUUUACUUCUCCCCUUGCUCUUCAACACUGUGCAGUCCUUUUUAGGUAAAAUGAAUGCUUAUCUGAUCUUUGUAUUGAAUGCCAUUUUCCCUUCCAACCUGCGGGUAAAAAUCUUUCUGCACUUCAGCAGCCCGUAAUUAAGGGAGUGAAGGAGGUAGAGGGGGAAGCAGCGGCAGUGGUUGACUUUUUUUUAAUAGAACUCCGUUUAUGCCUGACUUUGCCCCAUCAGAUUUGAAUUCAUUGGUGUUGAAGUAAUAGCAUCUUGCUUUCUUCGUUUGCACUGUCAGUAGGGAUGAGUGUGAGUGCUUGUAUCUGUGCAUGUGUGCAUGGUAAGCAGUUAAAAAAAAAAAACAAAAACCUAAAAAACACACGAAUGCAGAGUUGUUUCCUAAUGCAGUAAGUGUCCCUAAAUGAAGGUGUUUACCUGAACGCCGUGGGCACAUUCCACUUGGUGCAACAGAAAGCCCUGGUGUUUCUUUCCAAGACCUAGACCGGCUCACAUUCCUCACCAACAAGCACUCGUAAAUCCGUCUGUGCAUUGCUGUCUGAUGUCUGUCUUGUUAGCAAAUGUCAGCUGAAAGUUGUUGCGCUGCCCUUUUGUGUGUGUGCACAGACUGGCCUGUCUGUAGGACAGCUCUGGCUUGGUGCAAAAAAAAAAAAUUGUAUCUAGUCUUCGGGUGUCAUUUUUGUUGUGCAGAACUCUGCUUUUGAAUGCUUUCUUCUCAAAGCUGUAAGUUAGCCUUAAAAAUGGCCCUGGGGGACCAGAGCUUCAGGGAAGAGGGAGAGUUGAUCUCUGGGGCUGGUGUGUCUGUGGUGUGAGUACAUCGCAGCUCCGCUGAGAUUUUGCUGCGCCUUCCAUGGGGCAAAUUACCUGAUAUUACCCUCUUGAAGAGAAAUACAGGCCAAAACCAUCGCCCGGGGCCAUGAAAAACAAUACCUUGUGACUCUGAGUCAUUCUGCGUGUAACACCCCUAAAAAGUUUCAGCUGAUCUUUCCCUUUCCCUCUGUACAUGUGAACACAGUAUGGGUUUGUACAAACAACUUAAAUCCAUUUCAGAUAAAAAAGACAGUGAUAGUAGCACAAAAGCACCCCCACCACCCAAAAUCCUUGGUAAACUGCAUUGGAGCCUCUUCUGACUGCAGAUACCCCUGUUCUUUUCCAACAGCCUGUUUAACUCUGUGUAUGUGUGCUCAGUGGCCUCUCUAUUUUUGUACAAGCGCUGUCAUCUGGAUGUGUGCCCACCUGAUUUUUCACACUGCAAACAUGUCCAUUGGGUGUAAAGAAAUUGCUGGGUUUUUUCCUUUUAAAUUGUUGGCUUAGUUCUACAAGAGAACAGACUACCUGCUUUUGUAUCCUGAACAUGUAUGUAGUUAAGUAUGUUAUGCUUUUCAUUUCUUGCAAAUAAAUAUUUUCUGUAGAAAAAGCAA